AUGUCAUCCAACAACGGAUUCGUCCUCUACCACUAUGAGCCCUCUCUGGCAGCAGCAAUUGCCUUUUCGGUCUUGUUCAACAUCACAACGCUGGCGCAUGCAUACCAGCGCAUCAAGUCAGGGUCAAAAUAUAUGAACCCAUUCAUCGUGGGUGGCUUCUUCCAAGUCAUCGGCUACGGAUGCCGCGCAGCAUCGCACUUCUUUAAGAAUUCCACUACGCUCUACGCCAUCCAGACUCUUCUGGUCCUUCUGGCACCGACGCUCUACGCAGCUUCGAUCUACAUGAUCCUCAGCCGGACGAUCCAGUUCCUCCACGCUGAGCGACUGAGUCCAGUGCCUACGAGAUGGAUGACCAAGGUUUUCGUUGCGGGCGAUAUCCUCUCUUUUAUCUUGCAGGGAGCUGGCGGCGGAGUCAUGUCCGCCGGCUCGGCGAACUCCCAAGACAUCGGCACGUACAUCAUCGUCGCCGGUCUUGGCGUUCAGCUCCUCUUCUUCGGUGUUUUUGUCCUGGCCGCUUGGAUCUUCCACUUUCGAUUCUCCGGUUCUCAGGAGGCGAAAACCUCUGGGAACGUGCCUUGGAUGAGGAGCUGGAAUGGUCUGCUCUGGGUGCUGUAUCUGGUCAGCGGACUUAUUCUCAUCCGGAGUGCGUUUCGGAUGGUGGAGUUCGCGCAGGGAUUUGACGGCUAUCUGAUCCGGCAUGAGAUCUUCAUGUAUGUCCUCGACACGGCGCUGAUGUUUGUUUUGAUGGUUGUGAUGAAUGUGGUUCAUCCUUCGGGUGUUUUGGGCAGGGUGAAAGGGGAGCUGGUGGAAUGUGAGACCCUGUCGGCUUAG